AGAUCCAGUCCAGGUAGUGGAAGCUUCCUGCGGAAACUUCUCUGCUCCACACCAUGACCAGAGCUCCAGCAUGUGCCAUCAUUGUGCUCCUCAGCAUCUGGGGAUCAUCUCAUGGAGGUGGUACGAAGCCUGAGGGUUUAGUUCGACCAGCUCCUAACCUCGCCCUGCAGGGGAUCGCCACUCAGUCCUCUACUUAUUCUUAUUUUGGAAGCGCUCGGAACGCCAAUGACGGAUCUUUGGCCGCAAAUUAUUUAAGGUCACAAUGUUCUUACACGAAGAAGGAAUUGGAUCCGUGGUGGAUGGUGGACCUCAAAGCCCCGUACAGGAUCAUGUCCGUAGCCAUUACUAACCGGGUCUUGGAAUGCUGCAGAGAUAAGAUUUUUGGAUCAGAGAUCAGACUAGGAAACAACCCGAGUAAUGGAGGAAAGUUAAACCCCAGGUGUGGUGUCAUCUCAUCCAUUGAAUCUGGAGAAACUGUGUCGUUUUCUUGCCAAGGGAUGGUCGGUCAAUAUGUGACAGUGACAAUUCCUGGCCGGGAGGAACAUUUAGUGCUGUGUGAAGUCCAAGUCUACGGAUUUCCUGCAGAAGGUUCAGAUUAUGCGACUCCAACAAACCUAAAGACACCGAAUGGAGCUCCAAAUGUGGCUCCUAAAGGCCUCGCCAAACAAUCCAGCCUGUACAACAUGUACGGAGAACCAAAAAAUGCCAUUGACGGAUCUCUAGACAGCAACUACCUGUACAUCCAGUGCGCCGGAACGUCUGAGCAGGAGAACCCAUGGUGGAUGGUUGAUCUGAAGUCUGAAUAUAAAGUCUUCACUGUUGCAGUCACAAAUAGAGGAGAUUGCUGCCCUGAGAGAAUACACGGAGCAGAAAUCAUGAUUGGGAACUCGGAUGAAAAAGCAGGCACCAAAAACCCCAGAUGCGGAGUAAUUACAUCCAUGGACUACGGACAGACUCUUGCCUUUGAAUGUGAUGGUAUGGAGGGUCGGUACGUGAGCAUCUUCAUCCCCGGAGCCAAUCGCUCAGUGACCAUAUGUGAAGUUCAAGUCUUUGGACUUCCAAGUGAUAAGUCUGAUGAGCAGGCUCCCAGCGGUGAUUAUGUUGAUUUCGUUUCCCCUAAACAGAUUUUCCCAGAUAUCUGGAACCUGCUCAAAGACUACUACUUUGAUGGGGAUUCUAAGGAGCAAGAAGUUCUAGAAUACGAAGGAGACAACUUGGCUUUCAGAGGAAUCACCUCUCAGUCCAGCACUUAUGAUAAAUUUGGCGCGUCUGAAAAUGCCAUAGAUGGCUCUCCCAGCACCAUCUACAUGUCCGGACGGUGCUCGCAUACUGACCUGGAUGUAGAACCCUGGUGGAUGGUGGACCUUAUAAACGUCUACAACAUCACCAAAGUGAAAAUUACAAAUCGAGGUGAUUGCUGCCAAGAGAGGAUCAACGGAGCGGUAAUUAUAAUUGGAAAUUCUCCAGAAAAUGGUGGAACUCAAAAUUCCAGAUGCGCCAAAAUCGAAUCACUGGGUCUUGGAGAGGAGGGGCAAUAUGUCUGUGGAAUGGUGGGUCGGUACAUUACUAUCACAAUCCCGGGCAAAGCUGCAUAUCUGACUCUGUGUGAGGUCAAGGUCUACGGCACUAAUGUCUCCGAACAGUACACAGGCGCUCCAUCAAAGCCAGAUUUAUAUGACAGUGAAGAACAGCAACGAGACAACUUGGCUUUCAGAGGAAUCACCUCUCAGUCCAGCACUUAUGAUAAAUUUGGCGCGUCUAAAAAUGCCAUAGAUGGCUCUCCCAGCACCAUCUACAUGUCCGGACGGUGCUCGCAUACUGACCUGGAUGUAGAACCCUGGUGGAUGGUGGACCUUAUAAACGUCUACAACAUCACCAAAGUGAAAAUUACAAAUCGAGGUGAUUGCUGCCAGGAGAGGAUCAACGGAGCGGUAAUUAUAAUUGGAAAUUCUCCAGAAAAUGGUGGAACUCAAAAUUCCAGAUGCGCCAAAAUCAAAUCACUGGGUCUUAGAGAGGAGGGGCAAUAUGUCUGUGGAAUGGUGGGUCGGUACAUUACUAUCACAAUCCCGGGCAAAGCUGCAUAUCUGACUCUGUGUGAGGUCAAGGUCUACGGCACUAAUGUCUCCGAACAGUACACAGGCGCUCCAUCAAAGCCAGAUUUAUAUGACAGUGAAGAACAGCAACGAGACAACUUGGCUUUCAGAGGAAUCACCUCUCAGUCCAGCACUUAUGAUAAACUUGGCGCGUCUGAAAAUGCCAUAGAUGGCUCUCCCAGCACCAACUACAUGUCCGGACGGUGCUCGCAUACUGACCUGGAUGUAGAACCCUGGUGGAUGGUGGACCUUAUAAAUGUCUACAACAUCACCAAAGUGAAAAUUACAAAUCGAGGUGAUUGCUGCCAGGAGAGGAUCAACGGAGCGGUAAUUAUAAUUGGAAAUUCUCCAGAAAAUGGUGGAACUCAAAAUUCCAGAUGCGCCAAAAUCAAAUCACUGGGUCUUAGAGAGGAGGGGCAAUAUGUCUGUGGAAUGGUGGGUCGGUACAUUACUAUCACAAUCCCGGGCAAAGCUGCAUAUCUGACUCUGUGUGAGGUCAAGGUCUACGGCACUAAUGUCUCCGAACAGUACACAGGCGCUCCAUCAAAGCCAGAUUUAUAUGACAGUGAAGAACAGCAACGAGACAACUUGGCUUUCAGAGGAAUCACCUCUCAGUCCAGCACUUAUGAUAAAUUUGGCGCGUCUAAAAAUGCCAUAGAUGGCUCUCCCAGCACCAACUACAUGUCCGGACGGUGCUCGCAUACUGACCUGGAUGUAGAACCCUGGUGGAUGGUGGACCUUAUAAACGUCUACAACAUCACCAAAGUGAAAAUUACAAAUCGAGGUGACUGCUGCCAGGAGAGGAUCAACGGAGCGGUAAUUAUAAUUGGAAAUUCUCCAGAAAAUGGUGGAACUCAAAAUUCCAGAUGCGCCAAAAUCAAAUCACUGGGUCUUAGAGAGGAGGGGCAAUAUGUCUGUGGAAUGGUGGGUCGGUACAUUACUAUCACAAUCCCGGGCAAAGCUGCAUAUCUGACUCUGUGUGAGGUCAAGGUCUACGGCACUAAUGUCUCCGAACAGUACACAGGCGCUCCAUCAAAGCCAUAUUUAUAUGACAGUGAAGAACAGCAACGAGACAACUUGGCUUUCAGAGGAAUCACCUCUCAGUCCAGCACUUAUGAUAAACUUGGCGCGUCUGAAAAUGCCAUAGAUGGCUCUCCCAGCACCAACUACAUGUCCGGACGGUGCUCGCAUACUGACCUGGAUGUAGAACCCUGGUGGAUGGUGGACCUUAUAAACGUCUACAACAUCACCAAAGUGAAAAUUACAAAUCGAGGUGAUUGCUGCCAGGAGAGGAUCAACGGAGCGGUAAUUAUAAUUGGAAAUUCUCCAGAAAAUGGUGGAACUCAAAAUUCCAGAUGCGCCAAAAUCAAAUCACUGGGUCUUAGAGAGGAGGGGCAAUAUGUCUGUGGAAUGGUGGGUCGGUACAUUACUAUCACAAUCCCGGGCAAAGCUGCAUAUCUGACUCUGUGUGAGGUCAAGGUCUACGGCACUAAUGUCUCCGAACAGUACACAGGCGCUCCAUCAAAGCCAGAUUUAUAUGACAGUGAAGAACAGCAACUUGCUACUGAGCUAAGAAAUAUUAUGAAACACUCGAAUGCUGCACCUAAUGUGGCGAUGCAUUUACCUACAAAGCAGUCCAGCACAGAUUGCGGAGAGUCACAUGCUGCUAAUGAUGGCAACCUGAAGAAAUGCUUUAAGACCGCAGUGGAGAAGACACCAUGGUGGACCUUAGAGCUGCCCUCAGAUCAUAAAGUCUUCUCCAUCGCAGUGACGAGCCAGAACGACUCCAGUGCUCAAGAUCUUCAUGAAGCAGAGAUUCACAUAGGAUCUUCUGCGACUGGCUGGAAGAAGAACCCAAUAUGUGGCAAGAUGUCGACUAUUGGUCCUGGAGAGACGUUUUCAUUCAACUGUGAUGGGUUAGUGGGCCGAUUUGUGACCAUAGUUAUCCCAGAUAAGAAGGCAUCCCUCAGCUUGUGUGAAGUCCAAGUUUUUGCCCUCUCGGUGGAUACUCCAAGUGGAGACUGGAAUACAGAUCUUGAAUCUCAGAAGAGUCAUCAUGGAGUAAAAAACCUGGCUCCUCAAGGCAUUCCAUCCCAGUCGUCUUAUUACGGCAAACGAUCUGAAGUAAGAACAGCCAUCGACGGCUCUCUGUCCAGCAAUUACAAUGCGGGUGAAUGCACGCACACCAGAAAGGAGCUGAGACCCUGGUGGAAUUUAGACCUUAAGUCCAGUUAUCGUAUAUCAUCCGUCGCAAUCACCAAUCGGGGGGAUUGUUGCCCAGAAAGGAUCAACGGGGCUCAGAUUCUUAUUGGGGAUUCAGCUGAGAAUGGUGGAAUUGGGAACCCCAGGUGCGGAGUCGUGUUGCGAAUUAAUUAUGGAGAGACAUUGUCUUUCGACUGCAAAGGAAUGGAGGGGAGAUACGUGACCGUCGUAAUACCAGACCAAAAUCAGUACCUGACAUUGUGUGAGGUUCAAGUCUUUGGUGAACUUGCUGAAAUAGCUCAAGAACAAGGUAAAGUGGAAGUAAUUGAAAAUGAAAACCUUUCUGCGGUGACCAGUCUUGAAGGCAGAUAUUUCCUUUUCCCAGAGGAGAGUGUUACAGAUUACGUCCUGCUGACCCCGAAUAGGCCGAUGAGCUUGACCUCCUUUACCCUCUGCAUGAAGCUGGCUUUAAAUGUCUCAGAGAACAGGGAGACCAUCUUGUUUUCCUAUCGUACCUUAUUUUAUGAUGAGCUAAAUCUCUGGCAGGAAAGUAAUGGGAACGUAGGGUUUUACAUGAGUGGGGAGGGACUAAUGUUCCCCAAACUGGAUCAUAGCAAGGAAUGGAACCAUCUUUGUCUGACUUGGGAAUCCCGGAGAGGACGAUGUGAAUUGUGGAUCAACGGCAGAAGAUCCGGGAACAAACUCUACCGAAGGAGACACACCGUGCGUGCAGGCGGCAUCGCAAUUCUGGGUCAAGAUCAAGAUGAACUCGGCAAUGGCUUCGAGAAAUCUCAGAGCUACGUCGGAAAGAUUAAAGAGCUGAACAUGUGGAACAAAGUGCUCUCAAUAAAGUCCCUCCGAAAAGUAUUUAAUGGCAAUGAAACCCCAAAGGGCGAGGUUUUUGAUUGGAGCAACUUGUCCUACUCCACAAAGGGGAAUGUAAAAGUCAUUUAACAGAUCAGUCCUGGCGGGGACAUGAUGAAGAAGGCGAGGCUAUCAGUGGUGGACAUUAUUCUGGUGGUUUAUGUCAUACAAUAAAAUCAUCAAUACAUUCUG